AUGACUCUGCCCCACGGCCUUGGAAGCGCCGGGGAGUCCCAGGCCCCCCAGACCAUGCAGGUCUACAGGCUGGAACACCGGCAGGAGGAAGAGCAGAAGGAGGAGCGGCAGCAGAGCCUGCACAUGGGCUCCUCUGUGCGGAGGAGGACCUUCCGGAGCAGUGAGGAAGAACAUCAGUUCAGUGCCGCCGACUACGCCCUGGCCGCCGCCCUGGCCCUCACAGCCUCCUCUGAGAGGUCCUGGGAAGGUCAGCUGAGGCGGGAAGCUGUGGAUCUAGAGGAGCGAGGGCAGAAGCGGAUAGGCUUUGGCAACGACCUGGAGAGGACGGAGGUCAGCUGCCUGCGGACCCAGCGGCUGCUGCGCCAGAGUCGGGACUGGAAGGCACUGCGGAGGCAGACAGAGGAGAAGGUUCGGGAGGCCAAGGAGCUGAUCGAGCUGUGUUCUGGCCGGGGCCCCUGGUUCUGGAUCCCGCUGCGCUCACACGCUGUCUGGGAGCACACCACAGUCCUGCUGACCUGCACCGUGCAGGGCUCUCCACCACCCCAGGCCACCUGGUACAAGGAUGAUGUGCGGAUCGACCUUCGCCUCUUCCCCCCUGGAAAGUUCCGGAUCAUCAACAACUAUGGACUGCUGACACUGGAGAUUAGGAGAUGCACCCUGGAGGACUCAGCCACCUACACCGUGAAGGUGAAGAAUGCCUACGGCCAGGCCUCCUCCUUUGCCAAAGUCCUGGUCCGCACUUACCUGGGGAAGGAUGCGGGUUUCGAUUCAGAGAUCUUUAAAAGAUCUAUGUUUGGCCCCACGGUGGAAUUCACAUCAGUGCUGAAGCCCGUCUUCGCCCGAGAGAAGGAGCCCUUCUGCCUGUCCUGUUUGUUCUCCGAGGAUGUGUCAGACGCGGAGACAAGCAUCCAGUGGCUCCGAGAUGGCCGGUUGUUGAGGUCCUCCGCUCUUCGGCAAAUCCUCUACGCAGACCGCCAGGCGUCCCUGAAGGUGUCCUGGGCCUAUAAGGAGGACGAGGGGUUCUACAGGGUGCGCGUGGCCACGCCCUCUGGGAACCAGGAGCAGAGCACCUAUGUGUUUGUGAGAGACGCUGCAGCUGAGAAGCCGGGAGCCCCAGGCUCCCCGCUCAAUGUCCAGUGCCUGGAUGUGAACCGAGACUGCCUCCUACUGACCUGGACCCCGCCCAGCGACACGCGGGGCAGCCCUAUCACCAGCUACACCAUCGAGCUGUGCCAGGGUGACACUGAAGAGUGGCUGUCCUGCCAUGAGGCCCCCGGGGGGACCUGUCGGUGUCCAAUCCAAGGCCUCGUGGAAGGCCAGCGCUACCGAUUCCGUGUGAGGGCGGUCAGCAGGGCCGGCAGCAGCCUCCCCUCCAAAGCCUCCGAAGCCGUGGUCACGUGUGCCCCUGACACUCUCCAGGGCAGGACAGAAAUCCCCUUUGACCUGGGCAGCAAGAUCACCGUCAGCACAGAGGACUUCGAAGAUGCCGUGACCAUCCCCUCACCCCCGACCAAUGUCCACGCCAGUGAGAUCCGAGAGGCCUAUGCGGUUCUGAGCUGGGAGGAGCCGAGGCCCCGUGGCAAAGCCCCACUGACGUACUCCCUGGAGAAGUCAGUCAUAGGCAGCGGCACCUGGGAAGCCAUCAGCCCAGAAACCCCUGUGAAGUCGCCACGGUUCGCCCUUCUGGACCUGGAGAAGGGGAAGUCGUAUGUCUUCAGAGUGCGAGCUGUGAACCAGUAUGGCAUGAGCGACCCCUCGGAGCCCAGCGAUCCCGUCUCCCUGAAGGGCGGGCCAGCUACUCUCCCUCCUCCAGCUCAAGUUCAAGCUUUCCGGGACACGCAGACAUCUGUGUGUCUGGCCUGGAAGCCCGUGGAUGGAGGCUCGGAGCUCCUGGGUUAUUACAUUUACUCCCGGGAGGCAGGCUCAUCUGAGUGGCACACGGUGAACAACAAACCCAUCCAGGACACCAAGUUCAUGGUUCCAGGGCUGAACACGGGAAAGGAGUAUGAGUUUUGCAUCCGGUCGGUCAGCGAGGCCGGGGUAGGCGAGAGCUCAGCCCCCACGGAAGCUGUGAGGGUCAAGCAGGCUCUAGCCACCCCGUCGGCCCCCCGCGACUUUGCGCUCCUGCGCUGCGGGAAGAAUGACAUGGUCAUCGGGUGGAAGCCCCCCCGGCGCCGUGGGGGCGGCAAGAUCCUGGGCUACUUCCUGGACCAGCAUGACUCCCAGGAGCUGCACUGGUGCCCGGUCAGCCUGCAGCCCAUCCCAAGCCGGGUCUGCCCCCCAUACGACGUGCGGGUGUCCGAGGUGCGGGCCACUUCCCUGGUGCUGCAGUGGGAGCCCCCGCUGUACACGGGCGCUGGACCAGUCACGGGCUACCGCAUCAGUGUUCAGGAGGAAGGCUCUGAGGAAUGGAAGCCCGUGACCCCAGAUCCCAUCUCUGACACCCACCUGAGGGUGUCUAACCUGCAGCCUGGAAAGACGUACGUGUUCCAGGUCCAGGCCAUGAAUUCAGCUGGGCUGGGACAACCGUCCAUGCCCACUGACCCUGUGUUCCUGGAGGAUAAGCCAGAUGCCCAGGAGAUCGAGGUGGGCGUGGAUGAGGAGGGCCGCAUCUACUUGGCCUUUGAAGCCCCUGAAGCCCCUGACUCCUCGGAGUUCCUGUGGGCCAAAGAUUACCAGGGCCCUCCCGCCCCCCAGAGGGUGGAAAUCGAGGACGAAGUGAGCAAGUCCAAGGUCAUCCUGAAGGAGCCUGACCUUCAGGAUCUGGGCAUCUACUCAGUGGUAGUCACGGAUGCGGAUGAAGACACGUCAGCAAGCCACAUGCUGACAGAGGAAGAGCUGAACAAGCUGAAGAAGCUGAGCCACGAGAUCAGAAACCCAGUGAUCAAACUCAUCUCUGGCUGGAACGUGGAUGUCCUGGAGCAAGGAGAGGUGCGGCUCUGGCUGGAAGUGGAAGCGCUGACCCCGGCGGCUGAGCUGCACCUCAUCUUCAACGAGAAGGAGAUCUUCAGCUCCCCGAACCGCAAGAUCAAUUUUGACCGUGAGAAGGGGCUGGUGGAGAUUAUCAUCCAGCACUUGUCUGAGGAGGACAAAGGAUCAUACACAGCACAGCUCCAAGAUGGAAAAGCCAAAAACCAGAUCACCCUGGCCCUGGUGGAUGACGAUUUUGACAAACUCCUGAGGAAGGCAGAUGCCAAGAGAAGAGACUGGAAGAGAAAGCAAGGCCCCUAUUUCCAGGAGCUGUUGCAGUGGCAGAUCACAGAGGACUGCCAAGUGCUGCUGACCUGCAAGGUGACCAACACCAAGAAGGAGACUCGCUUCCAGUGGCUCUUCCAGAAGAAAGAGGCUCCAGACGGCCAAUACGACCCGCAGGCCGGGACGGGACUUCUCCGAAUUGAGCAGAUGUCCAGGGAGCACCAGGGAACUUACAGGGCAGUGGUUUCGGAUGAUCGAGGGGAGGAUGACACCGUAUUGGACCUCACUGGCGAAGCCCUGGAUGCCGUCUUCACCGAGCUGGGCAGAAUCAGUGCCCUCUCUGCAACUCCACUGAAAAUCCAGGGCACUGAGGAGGGCAUCCGGCUCUUCAGCAAGGUCAAGUACUACAACGUGGACUACAUGAAGACCACCUGGUUCCACAAGGAGAAGCGCCUGGAGAGUGGCGAUCGGGUUAGGGCGGGCACCACCCUGGAUGAGAUCUGGCUCCACAUCCUGGACCCCAAGGACUCCGACAAGGGCAAAUACACCCUAGAAAUCACUGCUGGGAAGGAAGCCCGGCAGCUCUCGGUGGAUCUUUCAGGGCAAGCUUUUGAUGACGCCCUGGCUGAACACCAGAGACUGAAAGCCUUGGCCAUCAUCGAGAAGAAUCGUGCCAAGGUGGUACGGGGCCUGCCGGACGUGGCCACCAUCAUGGAAGACAAGACCCUGUGCCUGACCUGCGUCAUCUCAGGAGACCCCGCCCCGGAAAUCUCUUGGCUAAAGAAUGAUCAGCCUGUCACCUUCCACGACCGUUACCGCAUGGAGGUGAAGGGGACAGAGGUCACCAUCACCAUCGAGAGGGUCACCAGCGAGGACAGCGGGCGGUACGGCGUCUUCGUCAAGAACAAAUAUGGCUCUGAGACGGGCCAGGUCACCAUCAGUGUGUUCAAACAUGGAGACGAGCCCAAAGAGCUGAAGAAGAAGUGA